AUGUCUUCUGUAUUCGAUAGUAACCAACAACAACAACAACAGCAACAACAGCAACAAUCGCCUAAACAACCUGAACAGACUAGGCCCAAGCGACCACGGUCUAGUUUGGCUUGUAUUCGAUGUAGAAAGAAGAAAGUUAAAUGUGAUUUUGUUCAACCUACUUGUGGUCGUUGUGCUAUAGCAGGCUUACCCUGUAGUUAUGCUACUCCACCUCGCAGAGUAGAUGGCCAUGCAUUCGAUCAAUUGGGUAAUCAUGUUGAAGAAUUAAAAGAAAGAAUGGAAAGGAUGCGAGCUGAGUUGGAUAUCAUGAAGGUUAAUAUAAAUUCAUAUGCUUCUUCAGUCACUACAACAACGAGCACAAAAACAAUGGAGGAUAACAAUACGAUGCAGUUAACGAGCCAUGGAGAUAUCACCAAUAGCAAUCAAUCAGUAACAUGGAAGCUAUCUUUGUCACCUUCUGGAUUAAGGAUUGAUACAAAUAUCGCAAGUGUGGCUGAUUUAUACAAAAUAUUGCUAAACGGAAUUAGUCAAUUGAAUAUCAACAAUGACUCUAAUUCCACCAGUUUAUUCAGUCCUGAAAACUCUAUUUAUUCUUCAUCGUCAUCACGUAGACAUCAACAACAACAACAGCAGCAGCAACAACAACAAACAAAAAGAAACGUAUUUAGUGCAGACAGUAAUGCAAAUGAACCAGGUAGACUUUGGGAAGUGGAUGAUACAGAGGCCAAAAAGAUCCUACAGGAAAAGAAACUGAUAGAAGAAAAUCAACAACAAGCCAUGUCAACUACGCUGCCAAAGGAUGUAUUGGACAAUUUAAUGCACUCCCGUUAUCACUCAUGCUUUUUAGCUUAUGAGAUUGUUGAUAAAGAAUCGUUUAUGCAACAAUAUACGAAUGAUACACUCGAUCCUCUCUUGAAGCACUCAAUUGAUGCUUGGGUCUCAAAGCAUGGAUGUAUCUAUCACUCCAUUACUACUGCUGCGCCAUCAAAUAUGGGUGAAGUCUAUUUUAAGAACGCGAGACAGCUAUUGAAGAAAUGUUUUGAUAUCAGUAGUCCAACGACAAUUCACGCUCUCUUAAACUUGUACAUGUAUCAGUUGUCAAGUGAACGGUCAAGUCUCGCCUAUCUCUACAUUGGACUUGCCAUUCGAAUGGCACAAGAUCUAAAGUUCCACAAGAAGGAACACAUGUCGGCUGAUUUAAAUCAGCGUGAAACAAAUAAACGCCUUUGGUGGUCAGCUUACUGGUUAGAUUUAUGUGCAGCAUUAGAAAGCAAUAGACCGACUAUGGUAGAUGAUAAAGACUGUGACUUGGAAUAUCCCGUUCGAUUGGACCAUGAAGAUGAAGAGACAGGUUAUAGAAUUCACUUUACAGUCUAUUCGAUCAAAUUGAUGAGAAUCAGAAAGGACAUCACCAAACAUUUACCCUCUGAACAAUCCGGACAGUCACUUUUGUCGGCCAUUUCAAGACUAGAAAACGUUUUAACCAACUGGUUAUCUGAAUUACCUCAGGAAUUACACUUUACAGAUGAGGCAUCAUUUCAGAAAACAAACUCUUUUAGAGACGAGGCUUGUCUGAUCCUCAACAUCCAAUAUCAAACCACUUGGAUCAUGCUUCAUAAAUUCUUUUUACCAAAGCAAGAUCAAACAGCUACCCCUGUUGCUUUAUUGUCUUUAAACAUUUGUACAAAAUCCGCAAAUCUCAUCACUAGAAUGUUAGCUUUAUAUGCAAAUAAUUUAAAAUGGUGUCAAUUCUUUUAUGCUAUGGACGGAAUCAUUGCUAGUGUCACAAUACAUCAAGCAAACGCAUUGUCCAAUGAAAAGGAAGUGUCUUACUUGGCUCAGCGUAAUCUCAUCAUCACAGCUAAUGUACUUAGAGAUUCUCCUUUAACUUAUAUGGUCAAGGUGUGCGAUAUCAUUGAAUCGAUUGAAGCAUUUUUGAAAAAGAACAACUUGUACACAAACUUGAAGGACUUGCCUCAUGUGAACGAAGACUCCAUCAAUCAACAAUCGAUAUCUUCUGUCUUUAAUCCCGCAGUAUUUGAAUCUCCUCAACCUAGUACAAUGACACAUACUACUACGUCCACGAAUAGUGGAAAUACAACACUACAUACUAACAAUAAUAAUGCAACUAAUACCACCCAGCCAAUGUUUAAUAAUUUACGAUUACAACCUUCUCAGCCUUUGUAUACGACUACAUCUACUCCACCUCCUACGUCGAUCAACAGUACAGCAUCACCCAUUCAAGCUAAACAUCAGUCUCCUAUGUCUCAUCAUCCACAUCAUCAGCAACGACAACAGACGAUCAACUUCCAUGAUCCAAAUAGUCUUAUUGGCGUCGAAACCAACUUAAUAUUCGGUGGUAGUGAUAACUUGAUGGAUUUCGGCAUGUCUUCUCCUCAGUCAAACACAGGCAACCAUAACACCGAUAUGUUACUAGGAGGAAUGAAUUUUGACAUGCCUGCUAGCACGUCAACGACCACCACAAACACAACAGCGACGACGACAACAGCGACGGCAACACCACCUACGGUCGUGUCUAGCUCAAGCACAACUGCUACACGAAACCAACAGCCAUUCUACAUAUUUGGUACGAGGACAGACGCCAAUAGCCCAGCAAGCUUUGAUUCUGUUGGCUAUAACUUUUCCUCUGAACAGCAAUCUCAGCAGUAUCCUCAGCAGUUCCUCGGUAACCCUGAGCUGUUUACUAUGCCUCAGCCACCCAUUUACAGUAACCAACAAACCAACUUUGACCCCCACGACUUGUUUGGUUCGAUAAACAUGGACAUGAAUGCUUUGCUUUACAACCCAAAUACGUUUAAUCCUACAGCUGCUGCAUUUCCUCCUCCGAAUGAUAAUGAUUUGAUGUACCCAGGUGGGAAAAAACGAACUCAUCGUGAUUGGGAAGAUACGGCAUAA